AUAACCAUUCUGCAUUAAUUAGAUGUGGUUAAUUAUUUAAAUAUGCAAUUUUUCCCUUCGUGGUGGAAUAUUUUCGUGGCCAAGAUGAUGUAUAAGAUUCUUCUGUGUUGAAAAACUGCUCUAGGAUUGCCAAGAAACAACAACAAAACAAACAAAAAACCAAACACGAAACAAAACAAAAAAAAAAACCCGGCAGAUUUUAAAAGAAAUUGAAAAAGGUGAAACGCUGAUAUAUUACGUCUGGGAUAUAUACACUCAUACAUACAUACAUACAUACAUACAUACACACAUACAUACAUAUGUAUGUAUGUAUGUAUGUAUGUAUGUAUGUAUGCAUGUAUGUAUAUGUAUGUAUACAUACAAACACAUGUUAACAGAAUAACUAAUGCGUUUAAAUUCAGCUGUACAUAGUAUUAGUCGUUUGUGACAUUCUGGAACGCAACCAGCCAUAAGACACAGAAAGUUGAUGAAAUUCUAAGACGCAAUGCUUUGAUAUAAUUCUGUAAAAAUAUAUUUGGCGUUCAAAACGAAAAAAAAAAAAGUUUAAUAAAUGUACAUUGGAGGAGAUUUUUUUUAAAACGAAGAAUGUCUUACAUAAAUUUAUAUUUUUCUAUAUAUAAACGUAACUCAUAAAACAGCAAGCUGCAUUGAUCUUCCGUGAGAGUUUUUUGGAAAAGUUUAUUUCGCACAUUAUAUAAGCCUUUGGGACAUCUAUCUAUCUAUCUAUCUAUCUAUCUAUCUAUCUAUCUGUAUGUAUGUAUAUGCAUAUAUGUUGCACAUGCAUUUGUACCCGAGAAACUAUCGAAAUGUUAAUGUCUAAAAAAGCAAUGGUUUAAACUGUCUAUUGCAAUUUUUGGUGAGUUAUCAUUUGUCCAAUAAUACAUGUGUUGUUAUUGGAGUAGAAUAUUCCUUGUCUACAAAAUAAGAUCGAUAUUUUAACGGCCACUUUAGUGAGUAGUAAGUUCUUACUGCCACUCACACCCGGCAUUCACUACCAUUGCUGUGCUACACAGCGUUAUCACCAAUUUCAAAACAGUUAGAUUCACGCCUGGUCAAUAAUCAAAACAGACCUGUUUAACAGGAACAACUUUUUCAAAUACACCGAACUUGUGUCUUUAUGAUCUCCGACGAAAACGUGGCAAGUACCGUAAAUAGCAGCAAUGAAGGGGUAUUUAAUACAAGCACAGAUCGAGAACUGAUUGCUCCUGAGAAAUUUUCCCUAAAAGCGGAAGAAAUCGUCUUUGUAAGCCUCGUGGUUAUUGUGUGGAUUGUGUCGGUAGUAGUUUUCCUUAAAAAAUGGGACAAUAUUCGGAUUCUAGAACCGAUGGAACCACGCUACCGACAUGCGCCAAAAAACUUAGAGAGUAUUCGCAUUGUCAAACGGCCGCAAGAUAGCGUUAUUUACAAGAAUUACGGAAGAAAAAUGUCUAUUACCAUGCUAGAAAGAGAGAAGAAGCGUCUAGAGAGGAUGAAUACUCUUCCAACAAUAGAGAUGGAGGAAAUUUCUACAGAAAUAUGACCAUUAUUUACCGCAUGGGAGGAUUGCCCAUGCGGUGAAGACAUUUCACAAAUAACUUUAUUAAAUGACUGAAAUGUUUUUAAUUGAGAAAAUAUAUAAGGCGAAAUAUUUUGCGACAUUUUCACUGCAAAAUAAUGAAAACGA